UGAGCAAAAUGGGUGGAGUUCAGUGGAAGAGACCCUUGGAAAAGAGCUGCCCUUAGAUCACAAACUGUAACAUAUAAAAGCUGCUUGCCGCUUCUAGCCAGCAGCUAGAAAGCUUGCAGAGUUCCCCCUCCCCCGCCUUCUCUUUGAAGGUUUGUAAUAAAAUACACUCCACUUUCAAAGGGUUCACACUAGAGCACAGAAAAGAGCUGUUUAACUUGGAAGGACAAUAUACUAGGCUUUGGUUCUGCACAAGAGAUCUUCUCUUUUUCUUCCUGGCUUAAAGCAGAGGUUUCUUCCCCCAGUUCCAAAAUGAUUAUUUCAGCAGUCAGUGGUGCCCUCUUAAUUUCUAUUUUCUGUGAAACAAGUGCAGUAGAGUUGUCCAAUUCCACUGACUUAUUUCUGCCAACCAAUAAUUAUACUGAUAUUGAAGUGGCCCUGAAAGCUCAUCUGGAUUCUGCAAGCCUCCCCAAAACCAGGAGGAAAAGAUACAUCUCGCAGAAUGACAUGAUUGCGAUUCUGGAUUAUCACAAUCAAGUUAGAGGCAAGGUAUUCCCACCUGCAUCCAACAUGGAAUAUAUGGUAUGGGAUGAAAACCUAGCCAAGUCUGCAGAAGCAUGGGCAGCUGCCUGCAUUUGGGACCAUGGCCCUUCUUACUUAUUGAGAUUCCUGGGACAAAAUCUUUCUGUAAGAACUGGAAGGUACCGAUCCAUCCUGCAGCUGGUAAAGCCAUGGUAUGAUGAAGUGAAAGACUAUGCUUUCCCUUAUCCUCAGGACUGCAAUCCAAGAUGCCCUAUGAGAUGCUUUGGGCCCAUGUGUACACAUUACACACAGAUGGUUUGGGCCACUUCCAAUCGAAUAGGCUGUGCAAUCCACACAUGCCACAACAUGAAUGUCUGGGGAUCCGUUUGGCAACGGGCUAUUUACUUGGUAUGCAACUAUGCCCCAAAGGGGAACUGGAUUGGAGAAGCGCCUUAUAAAGUAGGAGUGCCCUGUUCAGCUUGUCCCCCCAGUUAUGGAGGAUCUUGCACUGACAAUCUUUGCUUUCCAGGGGUGACAUCAAACUACUUAUAUUGGUUUAAGUAAGGUGCUGCAAAAACCUAAUAACUGUUCUACUCAAGUGAUUAUGUAACAAAAUAUUGUAUAUUGACUUUUGCACAUAUUGUAUGUAUGUAUAUAUAUAUAUUGUAAUAAUAAUAACUUUUGUGUAGCAGUUUGAAAUUGUAAUAAUAAUAUUACUUUGUACAGUAGCAGCGGCAGCUGAUACAGGUAGAGCCAGGGAUGGGGGAACCAGCCGCAGGUACCACAUGUCUGCCCUCUUCUCACUAUCCUCACAGCCCGCU